AUGCCUCGCCUACCGCCCUGCCUCUUCCGCCGCGCCCACGCCAUCUCCCCCUAUGCCGCCGUCCUUUUGCCGGCCUGCCGCGAUGUACCCUCCGCGGUGACCGAACUCCGCUGGAUCAGGUCGCACGUCGCGAGCAGCGGUAGGCAGUCGCCAUCAAAGGCGCUUCUGCCCAGCCAAGAUGAGCAAGAAGCCCGCGUCGCACGCCUCUGCGCAAAACGCGGCCGCGGCGUACCGCUGCAGUACGUCCUCGGCUCCCAGCCCUUCGGUGCACUCGACAUCAAGUGCCGGCCCGGCGUGCUCGCCCCGCGCGCCGAGACGGAGGCAUACGCUAUGCACCUGGCCGACAUGAUCUCGCUUGGACAGCUGCCGGGUUUCGAGAGCAGAGAGCUGCGGGUCGUGGACUUUUGUACGGGCACUGGGUGUAUCGCGCUCGCGCUGUACGAGCGUCUUACACGAUGGGCCAAGAAGCUCAGCGUCACGGGCGUCGAUGUCUCGUCCAUCGCCGUCAACCUCUCGCGAGAAAACUUGCGGCGCAACGUGGCUACGAACUCACUAAUACCGCCAUCUCUCGACCUGGAGGUGACUUUCCGAGAAGCAGACGUCUUUCAGGAGGCUGAUAUGCAGUCGCUUCAACGGUGCGAUGUGCUGGUAUCAAACCCGCCGUACAUAUCACGCAAGGUUUGGACCUAUGGCCACGGCCAGAUGGGCUACUCUGUGCGAAAGUACGAGCCGAAGCUCGCGCUCGUGCCGGGGGAGACGGUGCCCAUGUACGAUGGGUGUGAUCAUGCCGACGUCUUUUACGCCAGAAUGCUCGACAUUGGAAGCUGGCUGCGCACGCGAGUCUUACUAUUCGAGGUGGGAGAUGAGGAACAGGCUUUCAGGGUCGUGAAACUCGUCAGACGCAAUGACUUUACGAGACAUGCCUUGUGCGAGCUCUGGAGGGAUUGGCCAGACUUGUCGCCCGAAGAGGAUGAAGUGAGUUCAUUCGAUGUCGAUGGGGAGAUGAUUGCUGUCAAGGGCAGCGGGAAUGUUCGAUCCGUCCUGGUUCGCCCAUGA